CCUGUGUUUUCUUUCGAGUCAACAAUAAAAUAAAAAAAAAUUCAGGACAACCAACCCAUUUCCGGCUGGACAGGACGAGCAAGCCAAAACGCCAAAUCAAUUACGACCCCUUCGCGCGGGUUAUCGUUUCGCUGCUGCUCGUCCUGACUUUUUAAUUUGGCUCUGCUUUAGGUACAUUAUCUCAUCCAUGUGCUGAGCUGGGUAGAUAAUUUAUUUUGUUGUUCCUCGUCUCCCGCAUCCGGUAGCAACCAAAAUAGCGAAAAGAUGCCGCCAAGGUUAGUGCGUCGGCGACCGCUCCUCGAGCGCGUCAAGGCCAUGCUGAAUCCUAUGGACUUCCUACUAUGGCUAUCCGAGGAGAUCGAAACGCGGGAAUGGAACUCCAAGCUCGUUGGCACGCAGAUGGGUGUCGCUAUGAACUUCAUCUUUCUGCUCGCCCGGGCUAAUUGUACUGGUACCCGCGCGGAAGAUCCUGUGUUCGACGAGGGGUACAUGUCGGGAUGGUUUACUUUUCUCGUCGGUUCCUUGGUCUGGUCUCUCGUCACCUUCUCAGCCGUUAAUGCAACUUACACGAUGUACCGAUCCCGACAUUAUCGACUAUUCGAGGCAGACGUAGAGAGGGAACCUCAAACACCUUCGGCGCAUCGCGUUCGUGUCCAAUCGUCCCCUGUAUCGUCGUCACCCCUACGAUUUUUGACGGGUAUGAUGAAUUCCGACAGCGCGGAAUCGAGGGCGCAUCCUGAUCGAAGUCGAGACGUGUGGGAAAUAUCAAUAUGGGAUCCGUUACCGAUUUGCCUGCAAAUAUUUUGCUUGUUCAGCCCUGGCCACGUCCUCGUCUACAUGUUGUUCUUACCGCUGGCACCUCUGGAUGUGAGACCGAGCGUCACUGUCUUUAAUUGUAUUGUGCUCCAGUGCAUCCUCUCGGGCCAGCUCCUUCUACUCCAGUCAAGGUUCACGCAGCAGAAUAAGGACACGGCUAUUAUCCAGAAGGAAGUCAUGCACGAAUACGAUACCAAAUUCGUCCAUCCCAGGCUAUACCCUACCGUGAGAGAUGCGUCAACACAAAUAUCGCAAAACGAAGACGGCGAUGAUCUCGAUGAAGAUAUACAAGUUGGCAUGCCCGCCGUCCAACUUAAACGCGGCUUCAAAACGCGACCUAAUCCCAACUAUAUCAAACACAUCGAUCCCGACCGCGGCCGAUCGACCUAUACUAACUCCGGUCACAGCUCUGGACUAUUUACCCCGCCCGUAUCUAAUAGGCAUACCGAUCCCUACGGCAGCGAGCUAAGGGGUCGCACCUCUAUGGUCGCCUCUACCAAACCAGCUCAUCGCCGAGGUGCAUCAGGCCUUCCCACAUCUUUUAAUCCAAAUGCGUCCCGACUUGGGACAUCCACAGCUACGGCUUCUACACCCAAUUUUUCUGCUUCUACUUCUUCCAACGCCAAUAUCACCACUGCUGGCGCCGCCCAGGCAGGAGGCGAUGGUGGUUACAUGGGCGUAUUUACUCACCCUAAUUCUCCCCUGAAGAAAGCCCCUAGUUUAGGCGAACUUCAGUUCCGAUCACCCCGUAAUAAUAGUGAGAUGGCUCAACUUGAGCAAUACCAAUCAGCCAGAGACCGCAGCAGCAGUCCUAUGAAGAGUACUAGAAAGAGUACUGGUACUAUGGGAACGCAACCGCCGGUACCCUGGGGACGACCCCAACCGUCUUCUUAUGAGAGAUAUCCCUCCAUGUGGCGGUAGAGAUGGUUUAGCGAAUGGGCGGAGGGUAACAUAUGGCUUAUGCAUUAAUGUUUGGGGUGCGGCAUCGGGGUGUGUUGGGUUGGGUUGAGCUUGGCUUUCUAUUCUUGAGCCGUGCCAGAAGAACUUUUUCUUUGCAUUUGCCCGGCGUUUGCUUUUUUUAUGUUGUGUGUAUGAAUACGAGCUACAUCUACUUGAGAGCCAAAUAGAAGUAGAAAUGGUAUUAAGGAGCAGCAGUUGACUUAA